CCGUCAUGAUCCGUACUACGAGUGCGUAUCGUUCAAGCUAUGGCUAAGCUGCCCACCAAGACUCAUGCACACUCUUUCUGUCAGGUUUACGAACUUCGCCCCAUGGGACAUUCGCUGGCGCGAUGGUAACACAUACCCGACCGCAGAGCAUCUGUUCCAAGCGCACAAGUUCAUGAUCACCCGACCAGACUUGGCCGACCGAAUCCGCGGCCUUCCGAGCCCACGCGCUGCACUCGAGGAAGCAGGUCGCCUGCGCAGGCUACAACGCACGGACUGGUUCGACGUCAAUAUCAGUGUUAUGGACGCGAUUCUCGAGGCGAAGUUCACGCAGCAUCCGGAACUGAGAGAAAUGCUGCUCGGCACAGGGGAGAGCAGCCUUAUCGAGGACAGUCCGGUCGACUCCUUCUGGGGCUGGGGCCGUGACGGUCAGGGAAGAAAUGAGCUCGGGAAGGCUCUCAUGCGACUGCGUGUCAAGCUACGGCGUGGUCAUUGAGAAUACUAUGGGCCCAGUCGUAGUACGCUUCCUGUUGUUUCUCCCGAAAAGUAAGCUCGGCUUGAAUCAAACACAGAUCUAAUGUACUACAGUACCUUCUUAUAGAAAGUAUGCUUUGCCUGA